AUUAUAAAAUACUAUUAUGUCUAUAAUAAAAUUUUAUUAUAACAUCGCUGAAACUUUGGUUUUCAACUGAGCCGAAUGGUUUUGUGUAGUCCAUGUAGCUGACCUAACUGUGUAGGAUAAGGUUUUUGUUGAUGUUUUACAACAACUCAUGCUCACUUCUGUUGAUUCUCUCUUUGAUUUAAGAUUUCUGUUUCGUGUUAUUUUUAUACUAAUUUUAUAUAUUGUAUUCUAGCCAUGUUAUGGCCUAUAAUUUUAUUUGUAUUGCUAUAUUUGUGUUGUGUCACAUCUGUGCACCAUAUUGUAUGUGUUUGUCUUGUGUCAUAUCUAAAUCUGUGCUUUCUAGGUUUCAUAUGAAUAGAAAAUUGCAUUAUUUAAAUUUACAACCAUCCUCUAAUAGAUUUUUUUAACUGAUAAAAUAACUAUCUUGAGUAGCUAUUAAUGAAAGUCGACAUUUUAACAAAUAACCAAGGUCAAAAAAUAUCUCAUGAAUUCACUUGGCCCCCACAAAGUUUAGCUGACAUAAUUUCAUUGAAUUGUAUACAUUUUGUUGUUAUAGUUAGUUGUCAUUGUUUGCAGCUUGUAAUUAUACGAGAAUAACAGCUUGUCUGCCUGAUGAGCUAUUGGAUGAAAAUGUAGCUUUGUGUCUAGCUCUCUGAGUCAAUACAAGACCAACAUGAGUGUGGAUCCAAAGAAAACCACCUCUAACGGCCAGGAUAAAAUGUUAACAUCACAAGAACAGCAAGCAUUGAUCAUUGAGGUGAGAAGGUUGGUUGGGCCACAAUCUGGUAAGGCAUCCAUUUUUUGUUCCGAUGCUUGCAUCUCAAGGUAUUUGAGGGCACGAAAUUGGAAUGUCAAGAAGGCAGCCAAAAUGUUGAAGCUGACCCUGAAAUGGAGACAAGAAUACAAACCAGAAGAGAUCCGCUGGGAAGAUGUUGCUCAGGAAGCAGAGACAGGAAAAAUCUAUAGAACAAAUUACAUUGACAAGCGUGGGAGAACAGUCCUAGUAAUGAGACCUAGUCGCCAGAACUCAAAAUCAACAAAAGGACAAAUUAAAUAUUUGGUAUAUUGCAUGGAGAAUGCUAUUUUAAAUCUUCCACCAGAACAGGAACAGAUGGUCUGGCUGAUUGACUUCCAGGGUUUCAAUAUGUCUCAUAUAUCAAUAAAGGUGACACGUGAAACUGCUCAUGUAUUACAAGAACAUUAUCCUGAACGGUUGGGUCUAGCAAUACUGUACAAUGCACCAAAGUUCUUUGAACCAUUUUUCACGAUGGUAAAGCCCAUAUUAGAGCCCAAGACUUAUAACAAAGUCAAAUUCGGUUACUCUGAUGAUCAGAACACCAAGAAGAUUAUGGAGGAUUUGUUUGAUUUUGAUCAUCUUGAAUCUGCAUUUGGUGGGAAAGAUGAUUCAGGAUUUGACAUAAAUAAAUAUGCUGAGAGAAUGAGAGAGGAUGACAAGAAGAUUCCCUCUUUCUGGACAAGGGAAAAUUCUCCAUCAUCAGUCCCAAAUAAUGCUCCUCCUUCUUUAGAUUCAAUUAGGUUAGACUCAGAUACUGAUGCUUCUGACAAUGAGAAAAUAGAAUCUUCCCCUGACCCUGUGAUGGGCACAGAUAUCGUUAACCCUGAUCAGAAAAUCUUGGUUAGUGAAGCAGAAAGAAAGGGCAGUGCAGAUGUGCAUUAGAAUGAGAAAAUUACAUACCUGAGCCUUUAAAAUAAUAAACAGGCACUGAGGUAGCAAGAUGCUGUGACAUUCUUAUUUUGAAGUUAGAAUCAAGAAUCAAGAGACUUUUUGUUAACUUGAUGUUGGAUUUUAUCAUGAUCACAGAUGUUUUUGCCUUGUGAAUUAUAGCUUUUAACAUGUAAAAGGGCAUGGAACUCUUGCUUAUGUAUCCAGAUCCAGCAGUGUUUUGCUACUAUUGUGGUGGACAAUUAAUUUUUUCCCUCCCUCAUGGAUGGAAGAAUGGUUUUAGUUAUUUAUAGCAAGCAGGUUCAUCUUACCCUUCUCCCAAUAUCAUGCUUGUCUAGGGUAGGGUAGUAGGGUUUCAUUUGUGACUUUGUUUCUUUAGAAAGAUGCGCAAAGUAAAAAAGUGUUUUAUAGAA